AUGUCGAAAAACGGUGCAGAUGUCGCUGUUGGCGGCUUGAAAAAUACCAAACAGAGUUUCGACUCACAUUCUGCAGGUGAAGAGCCGCCCAGGUCAAGAGUGGUGUAUGAAGACGACAUAAGCGAGAUGGUGGUCGGGAUUAAACGUCUCCUUGCAGGACAUGACAAUCUGAACGCACAGGUGCAACGGAUGGACUCGAAGGUUGCUCAGACGCAGGUGGAUCUCGAGGGUUUGGUGUCCCGCAGUGCCAACAACAACAAACACUUGCAGCACCUGCUGUUGUCGAAGAAAGAGGUACAAAAACAGGGAGUAAAGGAGCAAGAGAUCUCGAAGUCGCCAUCGGCGGCUGAAAACGGUAAAGACAGCUUUUUCGAGAUACAAAGGCUGCGCCAGGAACUGGACCUCUACAAGCAGCAGAACGGGCAACUGACAGACCUGAACACAAAGAUUGCUCAAAAACAGACCGCCCUCAGUGACCUACAAACGCAAUACGAACUUGUGGUGGCUAAGCUUAUAGAGGCGCAACGAGAAUUUGAAAAACUGCGACAAGAGCACCAAAGUCUCGACAAACAAAUCGACCAAGCGCUGAUGGAGAAGUGUAAAGCCGUGGAAAACAACCUCGCGGUAUCUGGUGCUGCUUUUCUACCCCCAAAGACCUCAAAAUCGAGUGCGUUGCCAAUGACCAAAAUGAAUCGCAUAACGUCCAUGCUACGGCAAAACCAGCCCAACGGAAGGAGGGUGGUUUCGUUAAAUAUCGCCGACAACGUGCGUGCUGAUGGGCCAUCUAACAACUCUGAGGACGACGCCGAAAAUGACGGUGAAUGA